AUGUCACAGGAAGCUAAUGGGGCUGAAGCCCCCAAACCGAAUGAUAGUCAUUCAAGAGCGCCGAAGGAGAAGUCCCGGCGUGGAAACCUGGAACCUCAAAGCCGCCGCAGCAAUAAGGUGAGAACGCCAAAAAAUGUCAAGAGCAGGGUUAGAGAGCCGAAAACGACUCCAGCGAAUGAUCUGGAGUUCAAUUUACAGGAUGAACUUGUUCAAGGUAAUUUCAAAGCAAGGGGCCGUAAAACACAAAUUUCUAUCAAUCAUUUGCUGGACUUUCAACUUCCGGAAAGGAGCACUGAAGUUGCACCUGCAAGUGGUGUGGCAAAACGCAGGGCCAGACGUUCAGAGGAAGAACAUGUUUACCUACACGGAGAGUCGUUCAUUAACGCAAAUUUUAAGUUUUUGGUGGAUGAUCGGUUUACGUACCAAGAGCAGACUUUGGACCCUAACAUUCCCAUACCGCGAGAAAAAAUAGUACGCGUCGAAGUUGCAAAGGACCAGAGCUGUCCCAUAUGUUUGACUGAAGAUAUCGUGGCCCCCAGAAUGAUAAGCUGCGGACAUUUAUUCUGCUACACUUGUAUGCUGAGUUUUUUCGCAAAUGAUGAUGGUGAUGAGUCUUCAAAUAAAGACAGAGCAGUUUUUAUGCGUAAAAAGUCGAAACGUAAGGAAUGUCCCCUAUGCAGCACGUUUGUUCGUGAAGAGACAGCUGUGCCAGUAAAAUUUGCUGAGGCCCACGAGCCUGUGAAGUUGCCUCAGGCGGGGCAAGUUGUCCGAUUCGAGCUCAUGUGCAAGCCCCACGGAUCAAUGCUAGCUCUUCCGGUGCAGCUGGACAUUGAUCCAAUGUCAUUGAACCACUUUCCCUCUGUGGAGCUCUCCGAAUUAGCACCCUACACACGCAUAAUGAAAUGCAGCUAUAAACAUGCCAUUGAUCUUUUCCAGAAGGAUCUCAAUGAUAUACAGACACAAGCUGAUCUCGAUCGUGCCAUUUACAAUGAUGACGGUAAGUUUGCUACUUUAGCCAUGAACAACAUAAGUUUGCGAAUCAAGGCGUACAAAGAAACGCCGUCAGAGCUUCAAGGUGAUGGACAGCUUCAUUUUCUACCGGUUGACCUAUCUAAACUUUCAAUUCAGCCCUUGCAUGAACAAUAUGAUGAUCAAAAUGCGUUUUUCUUUUUCCAGACUGGUUUCGAGGCUAAUACGCGCUACUACUUGUCUCCACUCGACGUGAAAGUUCUGAUCACCGCAUUUGGGCAGUAUUCUAAGUUUCCCUCCGUCCUCUUUGCGCAAGUUGAGGAUGUUCAUUAUGGAGCCAUUGUGACUGAGUCGCUUUUGCAAAAAUACAAGUAUUUCGGACACCUGCCAUUUGGCAGUGAAAUUACUUUUGUUGAUGUGGACUGGCGCAGCGUUCCCGAUCUACCUUCCGAUGUUUACCAUAGGUUUGCGCCAGAAUUAAACUCCAGGCGUCGAAAAUCAGCCUCUAAGAAACAGCGCGAAGACAAAGAAAAGCGCCGUCAUGAAAAACGUCUGGAAAGGCAGCAGGAAGAAUUUUACAUGCGUGAAAACGGUGAAGCUCCCAGCUUCGUUGCUGCACCUUCGAUGCCGAUACCAAUGCAGCACGGACGCGUCCAACAGCCCGCAGGGCAGCUAGUCGCUCAAGUUUCGGGCGGUUCAGACUCACACGACCCGAAGGACUCACAAGAGGGGAAUUCCUCAUCUCAGGUCUCUCGAAAAGUAGAGAAAACUAUCUGGGGCACGUCUAUUCCAAGAUCAGAGCAGAAAUCGGAUGAGGAUCUUGAGUUUGAAAAAAUGCUCCAAAACAUAAAUGAGCACAAACGAUCCCAAACCAGCGGCAAAAAGAAGAAAAGAGGGGUGACGUUGAUGAGUUCUGGCAAUUCUAGAGGGACACUAUGA